AUGGCGCACUUUUACGAGCCACGCGAUUCGAGACUCUCAAAGGCUCCGCUUUGCUGUUGCUGCAUUCCAAUCAAAUUCAUCGUUCUUCUGGUGCAGGUGCUCGCAUUGGUUUUCCAAAUUUGGUUGCUUUGUGCUGAAAAGACAUCCAACGUUAUGUUGUUCGUCAAGGUUCUCUUGGCCGUCUACACUGCUUUCACCUUUGGCGUUUUCCUCAUCGAACACAAGAGCUUGAUGAACUUCCAUUGCUUCCUCGGAGUCAUUUGCCUCCUCGCUCCGUUCGCUCAUGUCGCUCUCGAAUACUUCGCCUCUGCUAAAAAGUUAUUCCUCCAUUACGACUACUCUCCGAAAACCGAUGUGUUCGUCAUUGUUGGAAUUAUCAUGCUUGUGGUUCUCGUCUACCUCACGAUGUGUCGUGCUCUGGUCAAUGAGCUCAACAAGCAAAAUCAGCUCCCAAGCUACGUCGCUGCCACUCAACCUUCAUUCAACACGGAGUACAUGCCGGAGCUUACAGAAAAGACGAAGCUCAUUCAUCCAAUUUAUCCACAGCUUCAAUACUAG